AUGCAUCGGAAAUGGCCAAGAGGCAAGGACCGCACCAACCCCACUCGAGUUUCCUUUCCUUCCUCAACAAAACAAGAAACUGCCAAGAAAAGUCCCAAUUUCAUAAUCUCCUCAUGCGUGUUUGUGUUUGCUUUCGAUCAUCGACUUAUCUGCAUCUGUAGCAGCAGCCGAAAGUUCUCACAGAAAGAUUUUCGGAUAGACGCACACGACUAA